CCAGAGAAGAGCGCCGAUGGCGAACUGUCGCCAGAGGCUCCUCGCGCCCCGAUUAACGAGCGCAAGCUGAUGGCGAAAAUCGACUGGCACGUCGUACCGUGCUUGUGUCUCAUGUAUCUGCUCGCAUUCUUAGACCGAGUGAACAUCAGUAACGCGGCCAUUCUGGGCCUACAGGAAGACCUAAACAUCGAGACGGGCACGAAAUACAACACCGCGUUGACGAUCUUCUUUGUGCCUUACAUUAUUUUCGAGAUCCCGUCGAACAUUCUCAUGAAGAAGCUGAAGCCUCAUCUGUGGUUGUCAUUAUGUAUGUUUGGAUUCGGCUUGGUCAUGAUCUGCCAGGGUCUGGUGUCGAACUGGGGAGGACUGAUGACUACUCGCUGGUUCUUGGGCAUGUUUGAGACCGGCUUGUUUCCUGGCUGUUUCUAUCUGAUGGGCAUGUGGUACAAGCGCAGCGAAGCCCAGAAGCGCUUUAGUUUCUUUUUCAGCUCCACCACCCUCGCGGGUGCCUUUGGUGGUCUCCUUGCCAGUGGUCUCGGCAAAAUGGAAGGUUUGCGCGGCUAUCGAGGCUGGCGCUGGGUGUUCAUUAUCGAAGGUGUGCUGACCUGCGUGGUCGCCAUCAUCUGCUACUUCCUGGUGACGGACUUCCCAGAAGACGCCAAGUGGCUCACCGACGAAGAGCGCGAAUUUGUUCGCGAAAAACUCGCUGCGGAUACGGGCAAGGCUGCCCCAGAUGCUCAAUUAAGCUUGCGCGAUGUGUUGGGUGUUUUCAAGGACUACAAAAUCUUCAUCGGUGGAUGGAUGUACUUCGGCCAGGUUGUCACGGCCUACGGCUACGCGUACUUUGCGCCGACGAUCAUCAAGACCUACGGAUACGGACCCAUCAAGACACAGCUUUAUUCCAUCCCUCCCUGGGCGGCGGCAUUCGGGUUCUCCAUGGUUGUCGCAUUCCUUUCGGACAAGUUUCGCCAUCGAUUCGCCUUCGCAUUCAUCCCGAUGGUGAUUGCGAUGCUGGGUACGCCAUUCUGCUCAAUAUCCACGGCGAGGCACAACGGCACGUGCAGAGGCCAUCGGCGACGGAGCGUGGGAACAGCUUGGCAGAUCGGUUUUGGUAACAUCGGAGGAAUCAUUUCGACGUACUCGUUCCUACAGAAGGACGCACCGCUCUACCGCAACGGAUACAUCAUCAGCUUGUCCUUCCUGUGUUUCUCGGCGGCAAUGGCCGUCGUGUACAUCGUCGCGCUCUGGUUCGAUAACCGGAAACGCGACCGGGCGAUGGCGAACGGCGCCGUCGAUAGCGCCGCAGAGGAGCAAGACGAGUUCUUGGGUGACAUGGCGCUCACUUAUCGCUACAACUAUUAA